CCUUACAAGACAUACAUCUCCUAUCGCGUCGAAGGUCUAAAGGCAAAAUGCAGAACAUCGACUGACAGCAGCCUCACAGCAGUUGGGAGGUGUAGUUAAUCGUGGCUAGGUGGAUGACGCCGCAGAGUGCUGACGGCUGUUGGAGAGGCCUUUGGAAUACCAAGAAGUACGGUUUUGUGGUGCUGUUAGCAGAGGAGCCAAAGGAUGGAUUAUGCUAUGAAGUCCCUCAGUCUCCUGUCCCCUUCCUCACUCUCCAAGUGUGUAACGGCCAGUGUGUCCGCCAGUGCCUCCAUGACCCAGCAGCUACUGUGCGUCAGAGCAGCUCGGCCCAAACCCUUCCGGGUCACCAGCGCCGAUCGCACCAUCAAGAAGGGAAUCAUGGCUGAUGGGCUACAAGACCUUCUUAACAAGGCCAUAGACUCACUGCGAGUGUCUUGCGUCACCCUGGUUUUGGAUGAAGAUGGGACAGGGGUGGACACGGAGGAGUUCUUCUUAACCCUGACCGACAACACUGUCCUCAUGGUCCUAGAGAAGGGUCAGUUAUGGACGCCUCCGAAGAGCAUUUCACCUCACAUGCCAAAUGACAUUAAACCCAAGUGCAGGAAGAAUGUGGCAAGAAUAACCUUUGACCUAUACAAGAACAACCCUCAGGAUUUCAUUGGCUGUCUGAAUGUGAAGGCCACUCUGUAUGGCACCUACUCUGUCUCCUACGACGUGCGCUGCUAUGCUGCCAAGAAUAUACUGAAGGAGGCUCUCCGAUGGACCCUGUUCUCCAUGCAGGCCACGGGACACAUCCUCCUGGGCUCCUCUUGUUACAUUGAGCAGCUCCUGGAGGAGGAGGAGCGGGCAGCCGGGAGACUGCCACUGCUGCCGCAGGACGGGAAGAUGAAACAGCUGCAGAGCAUCCUGAUGGGCAGGGCGGCUGUGUGAACUCUCCCAAAACUAAGGAAAGGACUCCAUCUCCCUCCCUUUUUGUAAUCCCCCGUCUGCUUUGUGGUUUCGGAUAAAAACAAAAAGGUCCACACUAAAAUAGCUUGGCCCUGCCCAGUCCUGUCAGAUUAGUGAUGACUUUAUGGACAGGAGGGUUAAAGGGGCUGUUGGAGGCCCUUGGAUUUAAGGGAAUGGGCAGAACUGGAGGAGCGAUCGCAUGAGAGGACUGUUGCAUCGUUCUGAUGUCAUGGUUACGGUGCCAGGUACUCCCCUUUUGGUCGGGUCACCCCACUUCAAUUAAUAUUGGGGCUGGUUGUUCCACACUUUGUAAAUAUUUGCAUGGUUCUCUUUGUAAUACAUCUGUCAUUGUCUAUGAUCUGCUGCUUUUCUAUUGCAUUGACUACUGCUGGACUGUACUUUCAACUGAUGAAAAGCACUUGGUUCUUUUUUAUGUUGCUGAGCAAGAAUAAAUCACAGGAUUAUUAACCUUUUAAGUGACUUCAUCUCCCACCCCAACACAGACACUUGUCACACCUGGAAGCAGACAAGGAAGUGUCAGUUCAUUGUUCAUCUGACUUGUCACAUGGCUGGCCUGUGCUCCAGUGUUGGAGGUCAUUAUGGGUGACAUGUCUGGCUGGCUGGUGUACACAGUAAUUGGCAUCAGGUCUGGUUCUCUACCACACUCCUCUAAUUGUCCCCCAGCCUUUCCUGUCCCGCCAGCCAGGGCCUGCCAGAGGGAGGGACCCAGCUGCAGGGGGCUGAAGAGGAAGGAAAGGAACCGAGCCAUUACAUAGCCCGACCGACAGGAUGACACUUGGCAGAGGCGUAAAAGAUAGAAAUAAUUUCAGAGGCUGUAGCUACACCAGUGGAAAGAUGUGUACAACUUAAUUCUUCUGUGUUACAUUGAAGACUGAAAAAUCUACUUUGAGGAAAACAUCCCCAGUCAAUAUAUUUGUUUUAAUGGUGAUGUUGCCUAUCACUUGAGUUAGCGCUGCCUGCUGUAAGGUUCUCUGAUGUUUUAGCAUGACCUUUUCUCAUUGUAAUGCUCUGCAUUUUGCAGGUUCAUGAAGCACACUGUGGAAUCCUGGAAACAUUGACAACUAAAUAAAACUGCUAUUUCAAGUU